UGGGGAGGGCCGAAAAUGUUCGAGACCCUGCGCGAGCGCCUUCUGAGCGUCCAGCAGGACUUGACUUCGGGGCUGAAGACUUUGGGUGAUAAAUCAAGAGAAGCCAAAACAAGUAAACAGAGGACUGUGCAAAGUUUGCCAGAGUUCUCUGCUGGAUUAGUGCUGCUUAGUAGGUACGAAGAUACGUGGGCAGCUCUUCACAGAGGGGCAAAAGAAUGUGCAAAAGCAGGAGAGCUGAUAGAUAGUGAAGUUGUAAUGCUUUCUGCCCAUUGGGAGAAAAAAAGAAGUAGCCUCUUAGAUCUUCAAGAACAGCUUCAACAAAUUCCAGUAUUUUUAGCAGAUUUGGAAUCCACAACAGCUGGCCUGGUUCAGUUGGAAGCGAAUUUUAAGGAAAUGGAGAACCAUUUACUGUAUCUUGAAGAUCUCUGUGAACAGUGCGAGUUGGAAAGGUACAAGCACAUGCAAGCAAUACAGUUGGAAAAUUACAAGAAGACUAGAAGGAAAGAACUUGAAAUCUUCAAAGCUGAACUUGAUGCAGAACACACUCAAAAGGUGCUGGAUAUGGAGCACACCCAGCAGCUGAAGUUAAAGGAGCGGCAGAAAUUCUUUGAAGAAGCUUUCCAGCAGGACAUGGAGCAGUACCUGUCUACAGGUUAUCUGCAAGUAGCUGAAAGGCGAGAGCCGAUAGGAAGCAUGUCUUCUAUGGAAGUGAACGUGGACAUGUUGGAACAAAUGGACCUUGUGGACAUGUCUGACCAAGAAGCCUUAGAUGUCUUUCUCAAUUCUGGAGGAGAGGAUAGCGCUAUGCCAUCACCUCUGAUAGGGUCAGAUUCCAGCACUUGUCAAAAUGAAAUCAGUCUGCAAGUUCCCCCUCAGUCGGAUAUAAAGGAGUUGUCUUCCUCAGCGCCAGCCUGGACUGAUCCUGCCAGCCAAGAUGUCAGUGAAGGAGAAUCGCCUGUGAUCCAGUCAGAUGAGGAAGAUGUGCAAGUGGACACUGCCCUUGUUGCUGUAAAUACAGAAAUGAAAGGUCCUUCUGAUGUUAGUGAUGAGAGCGAUUCACAAACAAAUUGAAUCUUAUAAGAGUGUGCUAUAGGAAUUAGGACCCUGGAGUAUAUGAAUGAAAAAAUGAUUGAGCUUGUCUGUGAUUACUGUUAUGAUCUAUCGUGAAAGAAAUUGCCAUACAUAAAAUUCAGGUUUGAGUCAUGUGAAAUGCUAAUUUGUAUUUUUAAAAAGGAAGGAAACAAGAAAAAAAAGCACUGAAUUAGCAAUAAAAUAUUGGCUUGUGAACAGUAAAUCCUGUAUAUAGAGGGCUAUCCAAAGAAAAAUUCAUGAAACAUUUUAUUUUAACUUUCUUAAGGGAAAUAUACUGAAGCCAUGUUUAUUCAUUGUAGUCACAAUGUAUGUGUUUUCAUUGUUGUGGCUAAAGACUGAUAAAAUAUCUGCACCUUUAAGGUUCUAGCAGUAGAAAAA